AUGGAAAUUCACCCCCCUACGGCUGCGUGGUGGAGGGGAUGGUGGGAGCGCUUAGUUCAUUCCAUCAAGACUCUUCUCGUGCGAAUUCUAGGGAGAUCGUCGGUGAAUUUCGAGGAGUUACUGACCGUCCUGUGUGAUGUUGAAUCCACAUUAAACAACCGUCCUUUAACAUACAUCUAUGAUGAUUCGGAAGAGCUCGUACCUCUGACACCUUCCCUGUUUUUGCAAGACAUAAAACAAGUGGGGGUACCAGAUCUGGAUUACAUCGAUUCCCAGAAACUGAAUGUGCGUGUAAAUUACUGCAAUACGUUGAGACAAGAACUGAGAAGUCGCUUCCGCAAGGAAUAUCUGGCUCAACUGGUGCAGAAGGCAAGCGCUUCAUGUCAAAACCUAAAGGUGGGGGACGUAGUCCUCAUAGAACUAGACAAUAAAAAACGUGUAAUGUGGCCAAUGGGCAAAAUUGUAAAAAUAUUCAGUAGUAGAGAUGGGGCUACCAGAGUGGUACAGGUAAAAACAAACAGUGGAUAUUUGGUAAGAACAAUCAAAAAACUGUAUCCACUAGAAGUUUCAACUACCAGUGAUCCUGUGCUAACUCUGUCAACUGGAAACAGAUCUAGAUACGGUAGACUCUUAAAACCAAGGACAUGCUCUUACUAA